CUUCCCUUUACCAAAUUCAAGUCCCGAGCGCCACCAUGGUUCUGGUCUCGGUGGUGACUUAGAUUCUCUCUGCUGCCAUCGUCUGGGGAGUGGACAAGAGACAGAAUCUGAGGGAGAAAUGGCUGAAGAUUGGACCGAUAUAAUACAAUCGACGAAGGAGAAGGAGAAGGUGCCUAAGGGCAAAGAAAAGGACAGGAUGUUGAAGCUGGGGACAUCGGAGGGCGAAGCUCUUCCGCCACAUAUUCAUUUGACAGCUGGUGCAACUAUGAACCUCGCACCUGAAAGUUCUAGUAAACCACCUCAAGAACACGCCAUGCCAUCCCUCCACUUAACAACGUCCCCCGAAACCCCAUUCCUUGGAAUAGGUUCAAAACCCAAAGUCUCAAGAGGCCACCCCACCUAAACGCUCCAAUCGCCGCUCAAAUUCAUCUCCACCGCCCCGACGAUAUAAAGAAGCCAGCCCUCCACGAACCACUUCAACUCCGUCCUGCCAAGCAGAACGCCAAAGAACCCCAUCACGACCAGAGGUCCAGCGCCUCGGGACACCCGCCUCUCAAA